AUGUUCUCCCCUCUUGAAGGAGGCCCGGCCACGGCCACGCGCAGCCGGCGGCGGCAGCGGCCCAUCACAUCCGAUACCAUACACCAACAACCAAAGGCUAAGCGCCAGCGCCUUCCCCUGAGCGAGCAGACUUUUCGCAACCCCGAAGUCGCGCCCGAGAUGUUCCAGGUCAAGGCCGACAAGGCGGCCAUGAUGACCGUGAAGCGUGACGGCAUCGAAAACGCCCUGCCGCCCGUCCAGGCCGCACCCAAGAAGGAGCUCAGCGUUCGCUCCAAAAAGUCCAAGGCCGGCGAGCGGAUCAGCAAAGGCGACGGAAGCAUUGUCUUGCGCGUACACAGUGAGGGCAAGCUGCCCGCUCUACCAGACAGGCUUCGGGCUGAACCCGGUAGCUUUCAACAUGGAUCCAUCUACUCAGCCAACGGCUAUGCCGUCAGCCUCACACACACCCACGCCAUCGUCUGGCCCUAUACCGCGAACAGCCCAUCCCCCGAGACUUUCACAUUCGCGCUACCCUAUCCGUCAAGACACGCGUCCGAUCCCCUUCCUCUCGGCGCCCUCGUGGCUCCGUCUGCGUCAUCUGAAGAGCCCGGCCUGAUUGUCAUCAUGCCCAUGACCGGCAAAGUCAGCUACUGGGAGUCCAUCUCGAGCGCGGCCACACUGGACUUCUUGCGCCAACAGCGAACUGGCGUCGAAGACGUCAUUCCCGGCAUCUCCUCGACUGAGUAUGUGACCGAGAUCAUCAACGCCGAGCCUGCUGGCUUCAUUCUCCUGACCAGCAGCGGCCGGCUCGCCUGCAUGAAUGUGCGGGAUGCGCAUGGUCGGCCGGCCAUCUCGGUGCAAUUCUUGCGGAGCGCCGGGAUGAGCGCCGUCUCGACUGGCUUCUUCGGUAGCAUUCGUUACGCGCUGAAGCAGUCCGCUGCCAGAGAGGACGUGGUUGCCGUUCGGGCAGGCCCUGUCUUCAGGAUUGGUGAGCGCACCGUGUUGGCCGCCAAUUCCAAGGGCAAGUUCAGCGCCUGGAAGGUCCACCGCGGAGGCAGUUAUGACACUGUUCUCGACACAGACGCACGGGAGCCAAUCAUUAGUGCUAUCUGUCAGUUUGACGCCAGCGUGGACAGCUUCGCAGCCGAGUCCCUGGAGAUUGUCGACUUCACCUUUGUGCCCAAGGGCAUCGAACACAAGUACACUGAUGCUGUCCGUCUUAGCAACUUCACCGAGUCCGACGAUUCCUCCAUACAUCAGCUCCUACUGUUGGUCGCCCUGCCACGAAAGACGCGCACACCAUACUACCUCAUCGAGCUCAUCAUCUCACACGAUGUCGCCCAGGUGGGCAUGGUUCGACCGAUCACGUCUCUCACGUCUCCGAUUACCACACACCAGCCAUCUGCCGAGCAGCGCCCCCGUGUGUAUCUUCCCAGACCGGCCGUUGUUGCUUACGUUGUGCUCGACAAGACAGUUGUCAUCGCAUCGCUUGCGCAGCCUCCCGAGACUCCGGACUCUCAGCUACAGGGCGAGGAUAGGCACCUCCCUGCUAGUUUCGAGGACGUGGUCGACUUUCGCAGCGACAGCACGCUGGAAAUCGUCGGCUCGGGUGUUGAGGAGCCCAUGGGCAAUGGCUCGUCCGAACUGGACGGCCCGGGUGCCGGCGCUGUAGCAUCGCGCCUGCAUCGUCACAAGACAAAAAACCCGGCCGCGGUCCUGAUUGUGCGCGGCGUCGGCGUGGUCCGUCUGGCCACGAUAGAUGUCGAUCGCUUCAUCAGCGACAGACCUCCUGAGGUAACGGCGAAGAGCAAGCUAGAGGAGGCGGUUUUUUUCGGCAUCAAAGACGACAACCCGCUGGUCUUUGAUGGCAAGCGGCCGUCGCCAUUCUCUGACCACGAAAUUGGCGAGGCGGCCAUGGAGUUGAGCCGCGACAUCCUCGGCUCGAAGACGUCGUUUACGCCCAAGGUGCCAGCGUCGCUCGAGAGCAAUUUGCAGACACGUGCAAACUACCUCUCCAGACUCGUGAAGCACCUGAGCGCGCGGCACGUCCGGCUCAGCCGCCGCGUGCGCUGGCGGCUGCUGUGGGACGCGGAAAAGAUGGCGACGGCGUCGGCGAUGUGGUUUUUGCACGAGCAGUUCCUCACGGACCGCGCAGACGGCAAGACGCUCGAGCGAAAGACGAUUGUCUCGGAGAUUGUCGAGUACAUCCACGAGGACGAGAAGAAGAAUCCCAACCGCGAGGUUGGCGAGGUGGAUCGCGUGCGGCACUUUUUCGUCAACGACGUCUGGCGCAUGGACCUGUUCAUCGCGUGGGCAUACGAGGUGAUCAAGUACGUGUACAAAGACCAUCUACUAGACGACCGUGGCGUGACGCGACUCAUGUACGAGGGCGUGCAAGUCAACUCUGGUGCGCUCAACGGGUCGGCAAAGUACCGCGUGGACCAUCUCAGCUUCUACGGGCUGGAGAAGGAGGACCUGGAGUCUGGCAUUCUCGUGCAGGGUUACGAAGGUUUGCCAGAGCCGUGGACAUCGACAUACUUUAUUACGAACAAUGCGAAGCGGCUGGUGGAUCUCUGCUGCAACUGGCUCGACCAGUUCUACCCGAACAAGGUAACGUCCGCAGCGGCACCGGACCCAGGGCUGAUCGAGUCGAUACGAGAGGCGCUGCCAAGCUUGACAGACCGCUACCUGCUGGCACUGCAGGAGCACUACCGGUGGACGCAGACGCGCGAGGCUGAGUCUGAGCGUCUAUACGGCGACCGCUGCUCCAAGACGUACUCUGAGGACCGUUACUCCAAGGUGUACCGGCUCAAGAACUACGGGCUCUGGGACGACGCCAUCGCGGUGGCCAGGAAGCACAACUCGAUCACGGCGCUAGCCGAGAUCAUGGUGGAAGAGGUGCGCAAGCUGCGCAGCGACGCGAUGACGGUGGACGCGGGCACCAGCCGGGCGACGGAGAAGCGUGCCUCAGCGCUCGCUAAGGAACAGCGGAUAGCCGAGUGCUUUGUGGAGUACGGACGGCCGUUUGCCUUUGCCGUGUACGACAUUCUGCUCCGCGACGACGGGAUCAAGGCAGUGCUGGACUUCCCGGGCGACACGAUCGGAUUCGCGACACAGUAUCUGCGGUCAAAGCCGGAGCUGGCCAAGAUCUCGUGGAUCAACGACGUGGAGCGUGAGCGCGACGUGGAGAAGGCGGCCGGCACGCUGCUGACGCUGGGCAUGGACCGGGAGCAGCGGCUAUGGAACAAGAAGAUCGAGCUGAGCCUGGGCAAGCUGGCCUUGUUGGCAGAACAGGGGCCGACAGCGGCGCUAACAACGGCCAUGGCGACACUGACGACAGCUGCACCGACCGAAGCAGCAGCCUCAGCGGGCAGCAUCGCUCAGGUGGACCGGCAGUUGGGGAUCAUAAAGAUCCAAGACCUGGUGUACAGCUGGGUGCUGCCGUCGAUCGAGGCGGCAGUGGACGAGGGAGCCGAGUUGCAGCUGGCGAUGGAGAAGCACGCAGGACGGAUCCCGAAGCGACAGAAGGCGCUGCUACACGUGUUGGAAGACGGGUUGAGCCGGCUACUGCGACACGAGGCGCUAGAUGCGUUUGGGCUGAUUGACGUGCUGACGUUGAUGGAUGCACGUCGUGACGAGGUGCCGGUUGAUCAGGAUGUCUUCUAUCUGGCGCUGCAAGUAGCCUACGGAGGUCUGCGCGACGGCGAGGAGCGACAGCAGGCUCAGCGGCUGAUCUGGCGACGCUGCUUUGCGCGGGACGACUGGACUAAGAUCAACAACACACAGCUGCAGGACGACGAGUCGACGGCAGCUGUGCUGGCGAUGACAGCAGUAUACACGACGGCGUACGCGCUGUGCAUUGAGCACAAACUCGACGCUUCCAUCUCAUAUGCAGUGGUUAAGCCAUCCGAGGCCCUGGGCGUCUACACAGACGGCGGCGAUCCGGCGACGACGGCGCGCUUUGCCAACUUGGAGGACGCGUUCCGCGAGAAGAUGCUGGAUGCGAUGCGGCAGGAGGACACGCUGCUCCGGCGGUACAUUGACAAGUGCCGGCUGGAUGACUGGUGUCGAGCAGCCGUGGAGGCGGCCGAGAAGGCGUGCCAGGCCGAGGUGGACCGCUUGACGGUUGACCGAGAGGGCGCGAAGGCACCAGUGGCACAGGCGAAUGGGAAGAAGCUCUUCGGAGAACGGUCGUCGUAA